AUGAUGUCUAAUCAUCAUCAAGGAGAAAGAAAGGAUGUUUUCCACAUGGUAUUGGAGAGAAACAUGCAGCUACACCCUCGUCAUUUUGGUCGUGAUCUCCGGGAUAAGCUCGUGUCCAAGCUCAUGAAAGACGUCGAAGGCACUUGCAGUGGUCACCAUGGAUUUGUUGUUGCAAUAACUGGGAUUGACAAUGUUGGGAAAGGGCUGAUUCGUGAUGGGACCGGAUUUGUUACUUUUCCAGUUAAGUACCAGUGUGUUGUAUUUCGACCUUUUAAGGGAGAGAUUCUGGAAGCUUUUGUUACAAUGGUUAACAAGAUGGGAUUUUUUGCCGAGGCAGGUCCUGUCCAAGUUUUUGUAUCCAAUCAUUUGAUACCUUAUGAUAUGGAGUUCCAAGGUGGUGAUAUCCCGAAUUACACUACUUCUGAUGGUUCUGUCAAAAUACAGAAAGAAAGUGAAGUUAGGCUGAAGAUAAUUGGAACUCGAGUUGAUGCUACAGAUAUCUUUUGCAUCGGCACCAUAAAAGACGAUUUUCUUGGUGUGAUCAGUGAUCCAGGUGCAAACUCCUGA